UUUCAUUUUGUUCUCAGUUUUAGUACGAUAACUAAAAAUUGUUUUUUAAUUGAACGGCAACGAAAAGCUAUAAACCGUUACCAUGGUGAUGAUAACAAUAAAGGCAUGUUUCGCAUUCAGUUUUAUUAAACACUCAAAUUAAUAGCAAGAAAUGCUCCCAAAUUUGCCACCGAAUCCCUAUAGUCUAGUUUCGUCAAAAAUGCUCUUUACAAAAUAUCAUAGUUCUUCUUUUGGAAUAUUAUAACAGCUUCAUUCUCAGUUUAAAAUCAUUAUGCAGUCUAAUGAUAGCAGGAAAAUUUUUAUUUUGACAAAUCUAAGAGAUUUUUUUGCUAGAGAUGUAUCCGAGGAAAAUAUUUCUCGUUUACUUCAAUCAGAAGCAUUAGAUACUUUUCUCGAUAAUAGAAAUUGUUCAAUUCUGUGUGCAUAUGUAGAUGGAUUUGGAGAGAAGCAGGAAAUUAUUUUGUGUAAUAAGGUUGAACCAAAGGGAUCUUCUGAUAGAGUGUUUAUCUUUUUCAAAAAAGUACCCGAUUCUGUUACUCCAGAUAACAUACUCUCAAAUAUAUGCAUAGCAUCCAUGGUUGAUUCUCCCAUUAGUUCUCUCUACCAUGCUGUAAAAAAAGUUUUUGCACCUGUAUUGUUGAAAGAUGAGAAGUGGAGUAGACAGGUUGAUCCAAAAUUACAAAAUCUAUUAGGGCAUUUAGAAGAUGGAUUGGCCGCGUCUCUCCGACUCAACGAGGAUGAAGAUGUCUCAAAUAAGAGGGAUGCUUUAUCAAUUAUAUUCACUCCAAAAGAUGAAUAUAAUUAUUGGAAAGAUAUGGUUGAUGACUUGCCUACCCAAAAGCAAAAAGAAAGAGCUAUUUUUUUCUCUAAGCUCCUGGAACCAUUUGAAUCUGCCUUUACCAAUUUAGAAAAACUGACUUAUGGGGAAUUGAAAGACUCAUUGGAAUCUGCAUUUAAUAUUUUAGACGAUGUUUGGAAGCAAGACGAUCAUUCUCCGGGAUUUCCUACAGACCGCAUGGAAAACCUUAUGGAAAUAAUUGGCAAUAGUACAGUUAAUUUCAUUCAAAUUAAGCUUCAAGAGGUGUCUUUAUGGACAGAAAAGUUUUCAUACAUAGAAGAUCAACUUCUGCAAGGGAUUGACCUCUGUGAUACUUGGAUCGAUUCUUGCCAGAAGCUUACGGCACUUUUCUGGCUAAACUAUGCACCACACCCAUGGAGAAGAAAUGUUUUCAUUCCUGCAUAUCUACAAAACUUUAGCAAAAGAUUGAAUGAAGUUCUGAAUUUAAGAAGUGUUCAUAGCCAAGUAAAUAGUUUGCUGAAUACAGAAGAAAAAGCUUUGCUAGAAAUCGAUAAGGCUUUAAAACCAUUGUCUGUGCUCAAUCCUUUGAAUUAUAAUCCAUACACAGAAGCUUUGUGGGAGGCAUCUGUUGCUCAGUAUGAACAGAAUAUGUCAACUGCUCGAAAAAGAGUUGCAUCAAAACUUCGAGAGCAACUGCGCUCAUCAAGGGCAAAUCCUCUUCAGCUAAUGCAGGAAUUUAAAAGGUAUGAGCCACUUAUAAAGUUGCCUGGAGUUCGAGAAGAACUUACUGCUGAAAGAGAACUCUUACUUGGUCAGCUUAUGGAAUAUAUGAAAACUGUUCAGAAAGAUUUUAUGAAUUGUUCAGGUGGAGAUAAAUCUAUUUUACCUGCCACACAUUGCGCCCCAGAACUCAUUAACAACAUAACUUGGAUUCGACAACUGGACAGCAAGAUAAAAGAAAUAAGAAAAGUGAGCAAGUCCCUUCUUCAUGAUAUUGAUGGAUAUCAAAAUUUGUGCAAAGAUAUUGAUGAUAUAUUACAAGAAUUUCAAAGUUACAACAAAGAAAAAUUUGACAACUGGACUCAAGAAAUUCUGGAUGGAUUGAGAACUCGUAGUUUGGGUUUAGAUACUGGCAGGCCAGUCAUAUCCCUUAAUGAAAGGGGGCAACCACAGGUGAGUUACAGCCCUCGUUUAGUCACCCUUAUGAGAGAAGUUCGACAAUUGAGAGUUCUUGGAUACAGCAUUCCUAAUAAAAUCUUGGAAAUGGAAGAAAAGGCAAAGAAGCAUUAUGCCCAAGCUAAAACUUUACAGCAGGUGGUGAAUUUUUAUAAAACCAUUGCUGACCACAUGAUAUUAAGCCAGCAGCCUUUAAUGUUGGAAGCUGCCAGGGCUUUCACCAGAGUAGUGGAUGAGAAGAAUGCUGUUACUUGGGAUGAUGAAGUUGCUCUGGACACUUACAUUGGCAGAUUGCACCAAUCAGUGGAAAGGCUAUCAAAAGAAAAUAGGCUCUUGAGGAAACAACAUUUUAUGGUUGCAGAAAUGGUUCUCAAAUUAAUGAAUACAGACCUACUUCGAUUACAACAAACAUGGAAAGACAUUCUAGUUGAAAUUCGUAGUAUCUUUGUGAAACUUCAAGAACAGGGAUUUUCUGCUGAGAACAUGCGACCCUGGAGAGCACAUUGGGAUAGGCAACUAUACAAAGCCUUAGAAUGUCAAUAUGAACUUGGUCUUGAAGUAUUGACUGAACACUUGCCUGAAAUAAGAAUUGACUUGAUAUACAGGAAUGGGUGCUUGCAGUUCCGUCCACCAAUUGAAGAAGUCCGUGCCAAAUACUAUAAUCAGAUGAAAAAGUUUAUAUCUAUUCCAAUACUUUUUAAGGGAGUAAAUGAUGUUUUGGACAAUCUCAUAUUUCCCAUCAUACUCGAUCGUAAUGCCUACAGUUUUCUUGAUCUGUAUCGUAAAACUGAAGCUUUGUUUAAGAGAUUAGAUGAAGCAAAAAGCAAAUUCCAAGAUUGGGUUUCACUUGGUUCUGUGAAUUUAGAAGAAUUUGUCUCUCAGAAUUGUGUCUCCAUAGAUGAUUGGAAAAGAAACUUCAAAGCUAUAAAACUGAAGAGUCAAGAAUUUAGUAAAAUAUCUUUGGAUGAAGAGAAAUUCGACUGCAUUGUUGUGAGCUAUGCUCCUACCAAAGCCUAUGUUGAUUACUUGAUUUCAGAAUUGGAGAAUACUAUGAUACGAUGUCUUCAAAAAUCCAUAUCCUCAUCAAUGGGCUCUGUGAAGCAAUUUCUUAAUGAUGCCACAGACACUCUCACAAAACAUCCAGAAUCCAUUGAAGAUAUUGCCUUAGCAACCAGAAAACAUGAGGAAUUCACUCAGAAAAGGGAACAGAUAUUGAAUGAGUGUAAAGAGUUGGAAGCUAAAAAUGAAUUUCUAAGUAAAUGGUCGAAGCAAGCCUCUUUUGACUUAGGAGAAGUUAAAGUAUUGUGGGAAAACUUUGAACACACCUUGUCUGAUCACAAUGAAAUUGUUGAACAACAAAUGGAAGUACUGAAAUCUGCUGUAUCUUCUCAACUCAAAAGUUAUACUUUGGAUGAAGAACGGUUUGCAGCACGUUGGCACCAGAUGAAGCCACGAAGCGAUGUGGAAAUACAAGAUUCAAAGCAAAUACAAGACAUUGUGACCUUUCUUAAGGAGAAACGAUCUGAAUUUAAUGUCUUAGAAGAAAAAAAUCAAAGACUUUUAGGUGAUAUUCGCCACUUCAACUUGCCUGAACCUACUUUUCAACUUGAACAUUUAAGAGAAGAUAUUGAGACGGCAGAAAAACUUUGGCUGACAUAUGAUGAAUUCCACAAUGAGUUGGAUGAAUAUUCUAAAGAGGAGUGGAUUGUCUUCCGAAACAAAAUUCACCUCUUUGAGUCUUUUCUGAAUGACUGGAUGGAAAAGUUUCGCAAUGAGAGUUCAUCCGGAGAUUCCACCUCAGUGUCAUUAAGACUACAUCAAGAUAUUGUAGAUUAUUUGGAGGUUCUUCCAUUGUUAAAAUUUUGUCGUGGCGACACGUUCUCCCCUCAACACUGGGGAGAAAUGUUUAGGUUACUGGAUAUUCCUGAAGUAUCUGUUGAUCGUCUGGAGUUCGGGCACUUUCUCAGAGCCAGAGCUUUAAUCAAGCUGAAUGCAGAAGCACUUAAGAAUUUGAAUGAUAGGGCUCAGGGAGAGGUCACCAUACGAGAGGCUCUGAAUGAGUUGGAUUUAUGGGGAGCCAAAGCAAGAUUCUCACUCACUGAACAUCAGGAUUCUGCUGGAAAUGCAAUCUCACUCAUCAAGGAUUGGCGAGAUCUUCUCAACAAAGUUGGUGAAAAUCAAUGUCUCCUUCAAUCUCUUAAAGACACCACUUUUUAUGAACAUUUUAAAGAUAGAGCAUCCAUCUGGGAUUCUAGACUUGGACUUUUAGAUCAGUCUUUACAUCAGCUCAAUGUCAUCCAAAGAAAAUGGGUGUAUUUGGAACCCAUAUUUGGUCGUGGUUCACUACCUUCGGAAAAGACUCGUUUUCUUGCCAUUUGUAAAGAAUUUAGGUUUAUAAUGAAUAGCAUUAGCCAAGAUGAUAGGGUCCUGUCUUUGGUUUCAAUAUCAGGUUUGCCAAACAUACUGAACAACCUUCAAGACCAACUGACUCGUUGCCAGCGUGCUUUAAAUGCAUUUUUAGAAGAAAAACGGUCAAUGUUUCCGAGGUUUUAUUUCUUGGGAGAUGAGGAUUUGCUUGAAAUUCUCGGACAAUCAACAAAAGCUACAGUCAUUCAGUCACAUCUUAAAAAACUGUUUGCUGGUAUUCAUCAUGUUGAGUUUGAUGAACAUAUCACAAAAAUAACAUCUAUUGUUUCUUCUGAAGGAGAAGUUGUUCACCUUAAAAAGCCUGUUUUUAUAUCAUCAGAUAUUGAGGUAUGGUUACAUCAAUUGGCCAAGGAAAUGCAAAAUACUUUGAGAUCUCUUUUAGUAGAAUGUACUGAGAAAAGCAGGCAAGGAGAUCAGAAUAUUAAUCCUCUUCAAUACCCUACUCAGGUGUUGUGCCUGAGUGAGCAGAUCUUGUUCUCUGAGCGAUGUGAAGAGGCCAUCUCCAGAGGUUCGCUCUCAAGUUACCUCAAGGAACUGCAGUCUCAGUUGGAUUCAUACACUUCAGCCAAUAUGACUUCUUCAAGAGAGGUGCCCAUUGUACACUUAAAACUGAAAGCCCUCAUUCUUGACACUAUCUAUGAUAUAAGUGUUGUAGAAGAGCUCUUGAGGGACAAGGUGAGGGCUAAAAGUGAUUGGUCAUGGCUUAGGAGACUCAGAUUUUACAUGAUUUCUAAUGGUACAGUGUAUGGAAGAAUGGUUGAUGCGGAAUUUGAGUAUAGUUAUGAGUAUCAAGGUAUUGCUGCAAAACUGGUUCAUACUCCUUUGACUGAUAAAUGCUAUCUUACUUUGACUCAAGGCAUGCAUAUGGGCAUGGGUGGAAAUCCUUAUGGACCUGCUGGUACUGGCAAAACAGAAUCUGUCAAAGCGUUGGGCUCUUUAUUUGGUCGCCAAGUCUUGGUGUUUAACUGUGAUGAGGGUAUUGAUGUAAAGUCAAUGAGUCGUAUUUUUGUUGGUUUAGCAAAAUGUGGAGCCUGGGGCUGCUUCGAUGAGUUUAACCGACUCGAAGAAUCAGUCCUAUCAGCAUUAUCUGUAUCAAUACAAAUAAUUCAAACAGCUCUGAAAGCAAACACAAGAGAAAUUGAAUUGGAUUCUAAAAAAGUGAGCAUUGAUUUUAAUGCUGGCAUAUUUAUUACUAUGAAUCCAGCUGGAAAAAAAUAUGGUGGACGCCAAAAAUUGCCAGACAAUUUAAAACAGCUCUUUCGUCCUGUUGCUAUGACUUCACCUGAUAAUGAUCUCAUCGCUGAAGUUCUCCUCUUCUCUGAAGGCUACAAAAAUUCUAAAGAAUUAGGACGGAAAGUUGUUGCUGUGUUUUCACUCGCUAAAGAGCUUUUAUCUCAACAGCAGCAUUAUGACUGGGGAUUACGUGCAUUAAAAACAGUUCUUAAAAGUUGUGGAGAACAGCUUCAAUCAGCUAAGCAUUCAUCUUCUGGCAAAGAAUUAGAUAAAAAGUUUGAAAGCGACCUUGUAGUACAAGCCCUUCGUACAAACACACUAUCAAAACUUACUUAUACUGAUUGUUGUCGUUUUGAUGCCUUAAUUUGUGAUUUAUUUCCUGGUGUUCAAUUCAAGAAUAUUCAAUAUGAACAGCUUUCAGAAGCUAUUAAAACUUCUAUGGAACAAAUGAAACUAGUGUAUUCUGAAAUUCAAGUGAAGAAAGUUUUGGAACUACAUGAGCAAUUGCAACAGAGAAUGGGUGUAGUUAUAGUGGGACCUAGUGGAUCUGGAAAAUCAACACUAUGGAAAAUUCUUAUGAAAUCCCUGAUUCUUCUUGGUCAGCAAGUCAAGCAUUAUGUUGUCAACCCUAAGUCUAUACCAAAGCCACAACUUUUAGGGUUCAUUGAUUUGGAUACAAGAGAAUGGCAUGAUGGAGUUUUAACUUUAAGUUCACGACAAGUUAUAAAGGAGCAAGAUGAUAUUCUCUCAUGGAUUAUAUGUGAUGGGGAUAUUGAUCCAGAAUGGAUUGAAUCUCUCAAUUCUGUCCUGGACGAUAAUCGAUUGUUGACUAUGCCAUCAGGGGAACGGAUACAGUUUGGGUCUAACGUCAACUUUUUAUUUGAAACACAUGAUCUUAGUUGUGCUUCUCCUGCAACAAUUUCAAGAAUGGGCAUUAUAUUUUUGAGCAAUGAAGAUAUUAGUGUGAAAUCCAUAGUAACUGCUUGGUUACUUCAACAAGAUGAGAAUGAGAGAUUAACACUUCAAACAUACAUAGAUGAUUAUUUUUACAAAGCAUUAGACUGGGUCUUAAAGCAAAAUGAUUUUGUAUUGGAAACUUCUAUAGUUGGAACUAUCAUGGAUGGGCUUUCUCAAGUAAAAAAGUCAAGAUCUGUGGCUCAGUUUGCUGUUGAUUUGAGUAGAGGUCUUGGUGGUAACCUAAGGAAACCUUCCAAAGAUGGUUUGAUAAGAGAGAUAUUUUCGUGGGCUAACAUCAUUAUUCCUGAUCCUAAUUCUCCUUCUAACACCUUUUACAAUGAGACAUCUGGCAGAUUGGAUUCUUACCAAAUGCAGGAAGAUGAAUAUAUGACACCUGAGUUUGAAAACAAUACCUCACUUCCUGUGAUACAAACAGAGGAUUGCCUCAGAACAUUUGAUCAUCUAUCUCCUUGGCUACUAGAUGACAAGUUACAACCAUUCCUCUUGGUAGGACCGGAUGGAUGUGGAAAAAGUACUCUGCUAAGAAACUGCCUUCAACAAAAGUCAACUAUCACUUCUGCUAUGGUACAUUGCAAUGCUCAAACAAAACCACACCAUGUUCUGCAAAAGCUAAUGACUGUUUGUACAAUCAUUGGUGCACAGAACAACAAAGUUUUAAGACCAAAAGAACAUGAUCAUUUAGUCUUGUAUCUCAGAGAUCUGAGUUUGCCUAAACCUGAUAAGUGGGGAACCUCACAGUUGCUAGCUUGGUUACAACAGGUUCUGACCUAUCAUGGAUAUUAUGAUGAAACUGCAGAGUUUAUAAGUAUUGAAGGCAUACAAAUUGCAGGCUCAGUAAGCAGUGUGUCAUUAUCGGGUCGUCAUUCGCUCACUCCUAGAUUUACAAGCAUUAUGCGCAUAUGUGCAGUAGAUUAUCCUACUCAGGAGCAGUUACGAAGUAUAUAUUCUUACAUUUUGACUCCUACUAUUUAUGAUUCCUUAAAAGAUCAUGUUGUGUGGGGAAAUGCUUCAAAAAUUCGUCAACUCAUUGGCUCUAUGGUUCAACUAUUGGAAGCGAUGAGGGCUGAAUUCAGCAGUGAUGUCUAUGGUAAUUGCAGAUUUACGCCAGUUGAUUUAACCCGCUGGUCAUUUUCUCUGUUUCGCUAUGACCUGGCCCAGGAAGGGUUUUCUACCUCCAAAUCACCAGAUGGCCUUCUUAGGGCAUGGACUUAUGAAGCUUGUAGAAUAUUUCUGGAUAGACUGAUGAAUAUGGAAGCGAAAAUGAAAUUCAAUAGCAUCAUAUCAAGCAUAUUAAGAAAAGAUUGGGGAGCUCCAGACAUCAGUACUAUAAAUGAUUUUUAUUAUGUGUCUGGAAAUCACAGCUCCAAAACGAAAUUGUUUGGUAAACCUCUGGAGAAAUUGUCAUCAAAUGAUUGGCUCGCUACUGUUCAAAGGAAUGUCAAAUUAUACAGUAGUGAGAUGCGUGAACUGGAUGUUGUUAUUUUUGAAGAGGUAUUGCAAAAUAUGGCUAAAGUGGAUCGAGCACUGUCUCAGCCAAAUGGAUCCUUGUUGCUAGUGGGCAAAAAUGGAUGUGGCCGUCGCUUGUCUGUUUCUGUUGUUGCACAUGCUCAGCAGAUGCCAAUUCUUACUCCUAAAGUACACCCAAACUAUGGUUUGAAACAGUUUUCCAAUGAUUUGAAAAAUGCGAUGCAGUUAUCUGGAAUUGAAGGGAAGGAUGUUCUACUUAUGAUAGAAGAUUACCAAAUUUUGGAUGAAGAAUUUCUAGAACUUGUGGACAGCUUAUUGUGUUCUGGAGAUGUUCCUGGUCUUUACACUCCUCAAGAACUGGAACCACUUUUGAAUCCCCUAAAAGAUGUAGCUUCACAAGAAGGCUUUCAGGGUUCUGCAGCAGCUUUUUUUGCUCAACGAGUGAGAAAGAAUCUUCAUAUUGCUCUGAUAAUGGAUUUUACUGAUUCAAAAUUCCUCUUUCGCUGCAAGAGUAAUCCUUCUCUUUAUAAAUCCUGCAAUGUUUUGUGGAUUGACGAAUGGAGUGAAUCCAGCAUGCAUAAGGUUCCGAGAUUGCUUUUGUCUAACAAAAGUGUGGAGUCUGAUGAAUUUCAAGAAAAUGAGUUUUAUGAUUGGUUUUCUAGAAUCCAUGAGCAAAAUACGAAGAAAAAUCAAGCUCCAAGAAAGUUCAUUGCUUUUAUACAAAAUUACAAGAAAAUUUAUUUAAUGAAGUCUUCUGAAAUACAGACGAGAAAACAACACUUACAGGCUGGUGUAUCCAAACUGAAUGAAGCUCGCUCUCUUGUUGAUAAAUUGAAUUCUGAAGCUUUGGAACAAAGUGCUUUGUUAGCUGAAAAACAAGCUGAGGCAGAUGAAGCUCUGAGGUUGAUUACAACCAGCAUGUCUAAUACAGGCGAUCAAAAGAUUGAGCUAGAAAAACUGAAAGCUAAAAUUGAAGAGGAAAAUGUAAAACUAUCUAAACGGAAGAAAGAUAUUGAUUUAGAAUUAAAAGAAAUUGAACCCAUUGUUCAAGAAGCUAAAUCUGCUGUUGGUGGUAUAAAAUCUGAAUCACUGUCAGAAAUAAGGUCUUUGAGAGCCCCACCGGAUGUUAUCAGAGAUAUAUUAGAAGGGGUGCUGCGACUCAUGGGCAUCUUUGACACUUCUUGGGUCAGCAUGAAAAGUUUUCUUUCAAAAAGAGGCAUCAAAGAAGAGAUUUUAGCAUUUGAUGCCAGAAAUAUUUCACCUGAAAUAAGAGAGAGUGUUGAAAAACUGCUAAAGAAGAAUGCAGAAUCAUUUGAUCCCAAGAAUGCCAAACGAGCCUCUGCUGCAGCUGCACCACUUGCUUCAUGGGUGAAAGCUAAUGUUAUAUAUUCCAGGGUGUUGGAAAAAAUAAAACCACUUGAAAAGGAACAAGCAAAGCUGAAGCACAAUUUAGCUUCAACUGAAAAACGAAUUACUAAGCUGAGUUCUGCUCUGGAAGACGUUGAAGAAGAAGUGUCAGUCUUACGAGACAGAUUGAACAAGUUUACUAAAGAAGCAGCUCAGAUAGAGAUCAAUUUGAAGCAAGCAAAUGAGACUAUCGCAUCUGCUGAGUCCCUGGUCAGCAAGUUAGAUGAUGAAUAUCGUAGAUGGACUCAUCAGCUUCAAGAAAUUGAUCAGCAGUUAGAUGAACUACCAAUGAAAGCCAUGCUUGCUGCUGCUUUCAUAACUUAUUUGUGUGCAGAGCCUGAAAAUACACGCCGAUUAGUUGUUGAUGGCUGGUGCAAAGAGUUCGGAAUAGACAAAUUUUCACUAGCUCAAACAUUAAGUACUGAACGGGAACAACUUGUUUGGAAAAAUCAAGGAUUGCCAUUGGAUGCUCUAUCCAUUGAAAAUGCUAUAUGCAUUUUAAAUAACUCUUUAGUUCCAUUUCUUAUUGAUCCAGCAUUUCAAGCUACUAAUUGGCUGAAAGCUAAUAUGGCUGGCUCCCAAUUAGAAGUUGUCAACUUUCAUGAUAAAAAUUUCUUAACUUCUGUUGAAAUGGCUGUGAGAUUUGGUAAAACACUCCUGAUUCAAGAUGUUGAUAUUAUUCACCCUGUUUUAUAUCCUCUAUUGCGCAAAGAUUUGGUUAAUCAAGGACCAAGAUAUGUUGUACAAAUAGGGGAAAAGGUGGUGGAUUACAAUCCUCAGUUUCAACUAUUUUUAGUCACAAAAUAUUCAGAAAUAGAAUUACCUCCAAACUUUUAUGCUGUUGUGUCUACAAUCAAUUUUAGUACAACAAAAGCUGGACUGGCUGGACAGCUUUUGGCUAUUGUAUUGCAACGUGAAAAGCCUGAACUGGAAUUGAGACGCACAGAACUUCUGAGAAGAGAGGAAGAAAUGAAACUCCAAUUGACUCAGCUGGAAGAAUCACUGCUCCAGGAACUGGCAUCAGCUCGAGGAAAUGUGCUGGAAAAUGAAGAACUUAUUGCAUCAUUGAACAAAACAAAAAGCAGCAGCAACGAGAUCGCUAUGGGUCUUAAGGAAUCGCGUGAACUACAACAAUCAUUAGAAGAAGAGAGGAAAAUGUAUCUACCUUUAGCUGAAUUUGGCAGCACUUUGUUUUUCUUAAUAGCAGAACUUCGAAAAAUGAACAACAUGUAUUGCUUCAGCUUAACAUCUUUUUUCAAACUAUUUAACCAAGCAUUAGAGACAUCAACAAGCAAUAAAGAAACUACUGGAAGGAUUACCAGCCUCAUCAAGUCUUUGCAAAACAUAACCUACGAGUCUGUCUCUCGAUCACUCUUCAAAUCCGACAGAUUGACAUUUGCUCUUCAUCUCAUACAUGGUGUCUUCUCACAGCUUUUUGAGCAUCAGGAAUGGGAGGCUUUUACAGGUGUUCUGAUUACUGAAUCAAAGUUUGAUCAGGAAGAACUGAAGGCUGCCCUUCCAAAUUGGAUGGAAGAAGGAAGAGCUAUACCCGUUGCAUUGUUGAAGACCACCUUUCCACAUUUAUUCAGUGUGCUGCAACUACCAGAUGCAAAACUGUGGGAGAGCUUUUCUAAAAGUAGUCGCUGUGAGCAUGAAUUACCACCUGCAGUGUCAUCCAAAAUUAGUAUUUUUCAACAGCUUCUACUUGUGCAAGCCUUAAGGCCUGAUAGAUUGUACAGUGCAAGUGCUCUUUUUGCUAGUAGAGUAUUAGGUCUGAAAGAGCUGUUUCCUCAAGCUGUCAAUCUGAAAAACCUUCUACAGACCACUUCUUACGAAGAACCCAUUUUGAUAAUUAUCUCUCCUGGUGUUGAUCCAUCUCAAGAACUGUAUGAGUUAGCAACUGCCACUAUUGGUGUGGAAAACUAUGUUCAAGUAUCGAUGGGUCAAGGGCAGAUGGAAGUUGCUGUUGAAAACCUUAAAACGUGUGCUGCGGAUGGUUAUUGGUUGUGCUUGAAAAAUUUGCACCUUGUGACUCAUUGGUUGCCAACAUUACUCAAAGAACUUUCAUUUUUGAAACCAUCUUCAAAUUUUCGACUUUGGUUGACAUCUGAAGUCCACCCUAAUUUUUCACCAGUUCUCCUAGAAAUGUGUCUUAAAAUUACGUAUGAGGCUCCUCCUGGAAUACGUAGAAAUAUGUUAAGAACAUAUGAUUCCUGGCCUCCUCCAUACCUAUCAAAGGGAGGAAAUGUUUUGAGAUCGAGAACUCUAUUUAUCUUAUCCUGGUUUCAUGCCAUUAUACAAGAAAGAAGAAUUUAUAUUCCUCAGGGUUGGACCAAAUUUUAUGAGUUUAGCUCUGCCGAUUUACGUGUAGCAGCUGAUAUUAUUGAUAGACUCCUCUCAAACACAAAUCAAACAGUUCAAUGGGAAUGCAUUCAGGGUCUUUUUGAGACUGCUGUGUAUGGUGGAAGGAUUGAUGUAUUCUUCGACUUACGUGUCCUCUCAUCUUAUUUGAGAGAAUUUUUUGACAGCAAAAUAUUGAGCGGUGGUUCUAGGAAAGCUCUAGGUGGAAACACAUCACUUCCUAAAUCAGCUGACUUUAAGGAGCACCUCCAGGUUAUCCGUGGCUUACCAGACGCAGACAAUCCAGAUCUGUUUGGACUACCUGAAAACAUAGAGAGAUCUGCUCAGUUAAAUUCUAGUCGAAGAAUGAUUGAACAACUGAAGAGACUUCUGAGGCCGAGUGAGAUAGCUGACAGAUUCGAUGUCAAUCGAUGGAAUGCAGAACUCUCGCCAAUACUGGUUCUAUGGAAAAAACUCAAUCAGGGAUCUCAACUUCUUCACCUGCAGCUGACGCCCCCUCAAAGUCAAAUAGAUGAAGAACCCCCCAUUCUCUCCUUUAUUCGCCUGGAGUACUAUUCUGGUGUUAGACUUGUCCAGAACAUACAUUCAUCAUUAGCCUGUGUCAGCAAAGUCAUACGAGGAGCGAUUCUUUUGACUGAUGAAAUACAUACACUUGCCACUUCACUUUUGAGACAUGAGACUCCAAAUGCUUGGCAAAAGAAAUGGGAAGGACCAGAGGACCCUCUGUCCUAUUUACGUGGAGUUAUGCGUAGGGCUCUUGCUGUCCAAACAUGGCUGCCAAAAGCCGAAAAUGGUGUCUUGCUGGAUGAUAACCUAGAUUUAUCUCAUCUCUUCCAUCCUGAUACAUUCCUGAAUGCUCUGCGACAGCAAACUGCUAGGCAUUGCAAAGAAUCAAUGGAUAAUUUGAAGUUUGUCUGCAGCUGGAAAGGGAAAAUCUCAGAAUCCAAACUGAAUAUUACUAUCACUGGAAUCUACUUAGAAGGAUGCCUAUUCAAUGGUCAGCAACUAUCAAAAUGUCAGCAUGAUUCACCUGUUGUGUCACUCAUUCCAUCCUUCACUGCUGCAUGGAUACCAAAGGAUUAUCCUUCACCAUAUAAUGAAGAUGACGUUAUUUCAUUACCUCUUUAUUUCACUUCUGACAGAGAACAGAUAGUGACAUGCAUCAGUUUGCCCUGUGGUGGAAACCACGAUCAGUGGAUACAGUCGGGUGCUGCACUGUUUUUGAAUAACAGCUGAGAACUUGAAUAAAAAUAAUGCAACAAAAACUGUGAUACUAGUCAUUUUAACCGUCCAUGAUGAUUAUAUAUAUUUUGAUGGAUUGAUUAUAAAUAAAGUAUUUUAAGUCUUAGAA